CUUUUUACUGCUAAAAGUACAAUCCUAAAUUUUCUUUUUAUUCUAACACGAGAAAACGCUUUAUGUACAAUGCAAGAUAUACAAUUUUUUUAGCAACAACAGCAUUCCUCACAGCAGAGGAACAUACACAGAGCUGCAAAAAUGCCACAACAGCAUCCUUGUGGAUGAUCGCAGCACCCUGGUUGGUAUCCAUAGUACGGCAGUGGUGGCGGAGGAGGAUAUGGGCCUUGUGCCAUUGGCAGCGGUGGCACCGUGCCCGGCUGUGCACCCAUCAUCGGAGGUACGGCUGCUGGUGUGGCGUAUGGCAUGGGUUGUGCAGUAGCCGGAUAGUAUGGUGUAGCUGUAGGUGUCAUCAUGGAGCCAGCAUAUGCUGCGUUCAUGGGUGGUAGCGACAUGAUGAGAGAGUAUUGGUUUAUAGGCUAAAGCUGACUAUUUUUGCUGGAGUGUGUGCGUCGAAAAAGGUACGUGAGUACAGUAACUGCUUGCUGCUCGAAAGAGAUAACAAGAAAAGCAAAAAUAAAAAGACUGGAAAAAGGGAGAAC